AUGAAGAACGUCGCCAUUCUCGCUCUUACCACGGCUGCCUCCGCCGCCGCAGCCAACAACUGCUACCAGUCCCUCGGUGCCGAACCUCUCGCCCUUCCGGCCUCGACUUUCCUCACCAACUCCUACUGCCAGGCCCUCUGUAUCUCGCGCAACUAUGCCGUCACUGCGACCAAGGAUGGCAAGGAGUGCGCUUGUGUUAAGGAGUUGCCUAGCAAGGACUUGAAGGUGGAUGAGAAGGAGUGCUCGGUGCCUUGCCCGGGCUAUGCGGGUGACAAGUGCGGCGGCCCCAACGCCUGGACCGUUACCGUCCCUCAGGCCCCCAGCUCCGGCGCCAGCUCCAGCUCCGCUGCUGCCCCUACUGCCUCUGUCGUCCGUCGCUCCGACCACCCGGCUUGGUUGGACUCGGGUUCCAGCGACUCUUCCUCGUCUGACUCCGGCUCCGGCGACUCUUCCUCGGAUGACUCUUCCUCUGACGACUCUUCCUCGUCCGACUCUAGCUCUGGCGACUCCGCCGUCGCCGGCGUUGGCCCCGCUGUCUCCGCUUCCCCCUCCUCCGACUCCUCUUCCUCCGAAACCACCGGCUCGUCCUCUUCUGAAUCCACCGGCUCGUCCUCUCCUGAAUCCACCGGCUCUGCUUCUGCCUCCGCCAGCACGGAGGACGGCAUCGUCGUCGACUCGGAACCCACCUCUUCCGCUUCAUCUGACUCCUCUGACGCCGCUGCUACUUCUUCCUCCGACUCGUCUGAAGAGAAGACUACCGCUGCCGCCGCCGCGACCACCACCGCUGCUGGCAACAACGCCGCGACUACCACUGCUGCUGGCAGCUCUGCUUCUGCCACCGGCUCUGACUCGGACUCGGACUCCAGCGCUACCCAGACCACCUCCAUCCCCAACACCCUCCUGACUGCUCCCUCGAGCACGGGCAGUGGUGCUUCGGCCUCGUCUUCGUCCAGCUCUGGCUCUUCGUCUUCGAGCUCUGACUCGGACUCUGACUCCAGCUCUUCCAGCUCUUCCAGCUCUUCCAGCUCGUCUGCUUCGGCUUCGCCUAGCUCGACGGACAGCGCGGCUGGUCGUGUUGAGGGCGCUUCGUUCUCGAUGGUCGGUGCUGUUAUGGGUGUCAUGGUUGCUUACUUGCUGUAA